AUGUCAGCAUGUCAACCAACUGCUCUGGCUAGGCUUGUGUCGAAGACAGACCAGUUUCCCGCUGCCACUAAAGCGCUGCAAACCUCAAAUUUCCACUCGAGUGCUUCGAGGUCAAGACCGCUGGAAAGCGCCGAUUUUGAGAAAAAUUUCCGCUCUUCCCGUUAUUCGGAACCUCCUAGUGGCUCCCAUGUCAUCCAAGGUAUGCCUCCCUUGCAAGCCCAGCCCAUCGCUCAAGACGUAGGGUCAUGGUCCGACGAGUUUUCACGCAUGCAAAUUCGUGACCCUUUGAGCUUCACAAACGAGUACCAGCAGCUCUAUAAGCAAUACGAAAACCCUCCACAACAGCACAACAACCAACCUCUCGCAUCCCAAAAUUCUCCAUUCGCUUUGCAGCAGCCGAUACCUGUGUAUCGGCCUGCUCUCGUGCAGGAACGGGCCUUCUAUGCAUCGGCCUCUAACGCGUCUACUCAAAGCGAUAUGACGGCCCAGGAACAUGAUAUGUUUGCUGCAGAGUUCGAUAGGAUUGAGAAUGAGCUGAACGAAGAACCCACUGCUGCUCCAGAUGCGGUUCCUCUAUCUCAGGAACAGUUAAAAUUUCAGCAAGCAGCUUCUGAGAUCAAUAAUCGCUUCUCCCCUGGUACCGAGACCCCGCCACAGUUGGAAUCAAAAUUCCAAAACUCUAAGUUCAUGGGACUCAUGCGCAAUAUCAGUGAUGGUGCGGUCACCCUGAUGACCAAUGAAGAUAAUAACCAGAAAUACACCAGACUUUUUUCUCCAAAUACCGGAAAGCUUGUAGGGAACGAGUAUUUUCCAGUCUCUGAUGCCACCCUAGAUGCGUGA